GUGAUAGGUUUUUUUUUUCCACAUCGUUUACACAUUAUUUCACGAUUCACACUUGUUUCUAAUGAUGUGAUUGAACCAACUGUACAAAAUAUGAGUUCAUAUGAGUUCAGAGUGCACAAGUGGCUAGGGCUGGGUGAUAUGGACAAAAAGUCAUAUCCCGAUAUAUUUAUGCUGAAUAUUGAUAUACGAUAUAUAUCCCGAUAUUUUUUCCCCAAAGUGAGAGCAAAUGUUCAAAGUCAAAGCCAAAGCCAAAUAUGACGUCACAAGUAGUUUUAUUGAAACCGGCCAUUUCAGUGAACAGUUGCAAAAUCAAAUGAAUAAUUAGUAAACCGGUUUCUUCACCUGGUUCAUAAUUAAAUGCUCAGCUGUUCAAAUAACAAUAAAAUGUAAAAAAAAAAAAAUACUGUAUAACAAUAGGACAGGAGUACCUUUUUUGAAAUCAAAGCUCCAUAAGGUGCACAUUUAAAUAAAAAAAAUAUCUUAAAAAUAGCCUAUAAAAUAAAAUAGGCCAAUCUUUUUCCGAAAUAAAUAUAUUUAUAUGAGAAAAGUACAAUAUCAAAAAUUUUUAGUUUUACAACUAUAAAUGGCUUAUUAAAAUCCAAUAACAGAUUUUAUUCUCCUUUCUAACAAAUCCACAGAUGCAAAUAACGAACAUUACAAAAGAAUAUGACAAACCCUAGUAACUUAAGGGCAGCAUUUACAUAUAAAGAAAGAACAAAAUAAAGUGCUCAGUUUAAGAACAUUUUUUUUAAACAUCAGCUUGAGAUUACCUUUUCCUUUUUGUUAACUCAAUUUCUUAUCUGAACAGUCUCAACCAGUUGCACAAGAAACAGAUUAUCAACUCAAUAAACAUUUUCCCCCUCUUUUUUUUACUUUGAUAAACAGUAAUGCUGUCUUGAGGUAGACAUUAGAAGACAGACAAGCGUAUCCUCCUUCGGUUAAAGAUUUUGUGCGAGAAACACCAGCCUGUCAACAGCAUCCGGCUUCAGAGAUGCUCUGUGGCAGGUCACGAUAUUGCCACUACAGCUGAAAACCCUUUCGGAGGAUGAACUGGUAGCUGGUACCAAGAGAUACUUUUGCCAGGUGGCUCAGAGAUGGAAAGAAAACUUCAUGAUCCUUCCACCACUUGAGAGGAUCAGUGUCACUCUCCACACUUGCGGACUGCAAGUAACUUGACAGUUCAUUUUCAAUAGCCCCCCUCUUGGUUGGUGCAGUGGUGGUGGCUGUGCGCUUCUUGAAGAAGCUUGCCAGUCUCUUAGCUUUUGGUGCUACUGCUGCUUCUCCAUCUGCAGGCUCAGGCACAGUAGGCACACAUAGGCAAGGCGGUUGACAGUUGCUCUGAUCAGCCAGUAGCGUCUCCACCUCCAAGACAGCUCUGUGCUUCAAUGCAUCGACUUUUUCACUUGGGAUGUAGGUGGCCCUGAACCGAUGAUCCACAAAUGAAGCCAUCUCCAAAAGGUCAGUAGUGGCUGGGUCAGAAUAUUUGCUGUUGAGGUACUCAACAAUGCUGGUCUUGAUCGAUUUACAAAGCUCGCUAUCACCCUCUUCACAUGCCAGGAGACUUUCGUUAAAAAGGUGCAGCACAGGUUUCACAAAUGAUAGAGUGACGUACUCUUCACCUGAUAAAGCAUCAGUAAAGUCUAUAGAGUCCUAUAGAGGUUUCAGGACCUUUUGGACUGCUUCUAGGACCUCUAAGUCCUGCCAGGUAGGGACAAGGUGCCUGGUCCUUUUGUCAUUAGACAGGACUUUGGCCAGUGCUCCUUCCUGCUCCAGGACUCUCUCUAUCAUCUGCUGCCUGGAUCCCCAGGGUGUGGCAGACUCGGUUAUGAGUUGGUGACUUGGCAGACCCAGCUGAAUCUGGACUUCAGCAAGAUGUCUCCUUUUCUUCCAGCUGUACGAAAAACAGCUUACAAUUCUUUUGCACAAAAAAAUGGCCCGGUUGACACACUUGUCAUUCAUGCCAUGUCCUGUUAGAAUCAUAAAAAACUAUUAAACAAAUGUGCUUAUGCGAGGUGCGGGGGCCAGGCCGAACGGAAGCUCUGAAUACUGAUAAGCCGUGCCUUCUAAAGCAAAUCUCAGGAAGCGCCUGUGGCGCGUCGCUAUUUGAAUAUGGAAGUACGUGUCUUUUAGAUCCACUGAGGCGAACCAGUCCCCAGGCCGUAUCUGUGCCAAGAUCUGUUUCAGUGUUGUCAUUCUGAACGCGCACUUGUGAAGUAUUCAGUUGAUGGGUCUCAGGUCCAGAAUCGGAUGGAGUCCACCACGAAGUAGCGGCUGUAAAACCUGCUUUCCUGCUUGCUCGGGGGGUUGGCUCUAUCGCUCCUUUCUCGAGCAGACUGAGAACUUCCUGUCUCAGAACGGGAAGGUUUUGAAGCAAGAAGUUUUGUCUGCCUGGUGGGCCGUGAACCUGCGUGGCUUGCAAGGCAGGCUGCAGUCCGAACCCAAUGCAGAGGAAGACGGGCAACAGUCUCCUCGACAGGGGGGCAUGCGCACAUACCCGUGGGUUUCCGCCCCGUCCAUGUGCGCGAACAUGGCCUGCGUGGCAGAGUGGGUGCAUGCCGAUCAGGUGCAGCCCACGACUUCACCACGUGCUCGUGCAAGUCUGGGAAGAACGGGGUUCUUCUCCUCGAUGCGGCCUGGCGGUGGCUCGACUGGAGGAACCACCAGUCCAGCUUACUUUUCACAGGCUCGUCAGGUGCGUUCCAAGCGAGAUCCAUCUUCCUCGCCAGCUCUUUCGAAGGUGAUGAAGUUUGCGACGGCGUGGGGGGGGUGGAAGCUAUCGUCCGCGAAGUUGUACUCGUCUUUGGACGGGGGCAGGGGAGGGCCCACCAGCGGCUCGCUGGCAGCAGUGGGCCUCAUCCCCGCUGUUGCCCGAGCCACUUCUCUCCUGGCUCUGAGGGCGCGCACUGGGAGCUCGGCGCAGUGGGUGCACGUGUCAUCCGUGAGUGCCACCUCGGCGUGGGCGAGGUCCAGGCAGGUGACACAGAACUGGUGAAGGUCGGGCGGGUCAAUGGCAUGAAGCAGCCAUCGGAUGCGGAGAGGAAAAACAGGGGUGAGUAGUCCUCUAAUGCAACUUCCACGAUGACUUCGAUAAGACUUCUAGCGUGAAGAAAGAGAUUCUGACGUAAUUUUUGCACCCAUGCAUUUUAUACUGCCCGCUGACCUGUCAGUAUUUGCAUGCUCCGCGUCAAUUGGCCAGCUGUCCCCAAUUGGCGUUAGCCCAUCAGAUUUCAGCGAAAGUGGAGAAGGGAGGAGUUCCCAUAUAUGUCAUAGCUGACGUAAUGUUGAGUUACCGCCUUGAAAGGGAAUUGUAAUAUAUAUGUAUGCAUUUAUAUACAUGUGUAUAUAUUG